AAUCAUAAAUUGUCGUUUUUGCAUAGUGUUUGACUAAAGAUUAGAAACUGAAUCAUAGAAUUGUUUAGAUUAACUAUUGGAACAAAAUAAUUAACAAUUUAAUUUCCUUAAUCAGUUGCGUAUUUAAUUAGUUUGCACAUCCGUCUACCAAAAUGUUAAUCAAAGUUAAGACUCUCACUGGAAAAGAAAUUGAAAUAGACAUUGAGCCAACAGACAAAGUAGAAAGAAUUAAAGAACGGGUUGAAGAAAAAGAGGGGAUACCGCCUCAACAACAGAGAUUGAUCUUUUCGGGCAAACAAAUGAAUGAUGAGAAGACUGCACAAGAUUAUAAAGUACAAGGUGGUUCUGUUCUUCACUUAGUGUUGGCUUUGAGAGGGGGCAAGUGAUCAUUGGUCAGGCAUCUCAUAUUUUUAAUGCUUAAUUUUAAUUCCUCUUUAUUGUAAAAAGUGAAAUAUGAUAACUGUCAUUAACUA